CACUUCCUGUUUUGUCUGGAGACGAGCCUUCGUCGAUUGAAUGCAAUUGAGCGUCUCCAAAAAACAAAUUAAACUUUAAAAUGCCACCAAAAUCAAAAGUAAGUUUUCGGGAAAAUACAUUUCAAGUGAAUUUGCACCAAAACUCACCGAUUUUAAACAAAAGAACUUAAAUUAUAACUUACAAUACGACAAAGUGAGAAUUCUUGGGGGAAUCUUUCGACUAAGGUCGACUUGGUCGACUACUUUGAUUUUGAUUUUAAAAAGUAUUCUUACCAACUUUUGAAGGUUUAAUCCAAGUUAAAAUCCAGAAAGACAAAUACCUUAGUAACUUAUAAAAUGGUAAAGAAAGUUUUGUCCUGUAAAUUAAAUGGUUAGGCAUACAUUAUUAUUAUUAUUUUAUUAUUAUUCAUAUAUAUUUAAAUUCACUGAGGGGAAUCACUGACUUAGUCUUGACUUAACUUAGCUAAAUUCUGUUUUAAAAUAGUUGUAAAAAUAGGCCCACUCAAUAAAUUAUUACUUAAAUUAUUUAACUGUCAUUUAUUGGGUCAACAACAAUAAUGAAUUAAUUACCCACAAUAUUGCACAAAUAAUAAUUAUAAUACUAAUACUAAUAGUAAUAAUAAUAAUUUAAAUUAGAUUUUAGAAUCAUUAAGACUUAAAGAACACUAUUUGGUAGAAUCCUUUAUAUUUAUGGGCCUAUAUAACUAUAUGAAUCAUGAAUGUAUAUACUUAUUUAUUUUUGAAAUUAGUAAAUUAGUUUAAUUUUAAAUAUGAGUGCAAAACAAUAAUGUCAAUAAGGAUAAAGAAGUACAAACUUCUUGCUUGGCAUGGGUGUUCACAGGAGGGGAGUUAGUGGGAGCAAAUGCCCCCAUUGUCCCUGAAUUUUUCUAGCAUUUUGUAAAAUGCCCACUCACGAGUUCAGACUGUGAGGGAUAUCAAUAGCAUUAACAUGAGAUGUUUACACACUAAUUUAGAAGGAAGUGAGUUUACUGUGUUAGCUUUAGUGUAACCUGAACCAACUUAUGUCUCUUGUCUUAUAAAUUUUGCCAAUAUGUAUACUUGAAUUAAUAAUUAAAUAAAUAAUAAUUAGUAAACUGUAUCCAACAAACCCGUAAGUUUGUUAAAGAUACCCUCAAACUCAAGGAGUAUCUUAAACAUUCUCGUUAGCCAUUGUACGAAGUUCCAACUUUAAAAAAAAAAUCUUUGUUCCCGCGUACAAAAACUUCUGCGGAUGACCAUGCCUCUUAAAACCUAUUGUUUAUGUUUCAUUGUACAAAAAAAAAAAAAAAAAACCUUCCAUUACUAACAUCUAAAAAUCGGAAAUUAAAAAAAAAAUCCUUGUUCCCCAGUACAAAAACUUCUGCGGAUGAACAUGCCUUUUAAAACCUAUUGUUUAUGUUUCAUUGUAAAAAAAAAAAAAAAAAAAACCUUCCAUUACUAACAUCUAACAAUUACGUUCUACAAACACAAAACUAUAAAGGUGUAUUUGCUUACACUUACAAUGCGUCCAAAUGUGCCGGUGAACAGGAUUCAACCUUUUAAUGCAAAAACCCAUUUGUACGCUCAAUAUAAAUACAGUCACAUAUUAUGUCAUAUGUAGAAUAGAAAUUAAAUGAAAUUCCUUCAACAGUACAACAAAUAAAAAGUUAAAAACCAUUCAUAUAAAUAUAGAUUAAAUUUACAUGAGAUUUGUAUCCUACCUAAAAAUGAAAGAAAAGAAUAAGAAUGGACACAAGUCCCUGACGGACACAAAGCUCAUAAUUCUGAACAGGCUUUUAUUCUAUUCUGUGUAGCCAUUAUUCAAGCCUGACCUGCAUUGUUUUAUUUAUACAUAUUGUUUGUGGUUCAUUAAUCUACUUGAGAGCUUUAUUGCCAUCAAUCACUCUUAUAAUCAGGUCACUAUAUAUCUAAGCCUGGUAUAACAGUGGGGAGAGAAGCAGUUAGCCGCCCAAUGUUGUGGUGACUUGACCCAUAGGUCAAGUUCCAUAAAGUUGAUAGGUGGUGAAUGCUCAAACUCGUGAAAGCAUUGCAUACAAUGUCAGACCCAUUCCUGUAUCGCUACAGCCCAUGUAGGGCUUUGGCCUGCCUCAACACUUCAUUCCACUCAAAUGUAACUGAUACUUUUUUUAUUUUCCAUGCUUGGAUUCCCAGCUGCUGCAGAUCUUUUUCCACAUCAUCCAUCCAUCUAAGCCUGGGUCUGCCUUUGAGCCGUUUUCCUCUAGGGUUUUGGUGGUGCACCCUCUUCACUCCUCUAUCAUUUGACAUUCUUUAUAAGUGUCCCGCCUAGCAUAGCCUGCCCUUUUUUAUUUCUGCUACUAGUGUGGGAUCCCGAUAUAGACUAUGCAUUUCCUGUUUAGUUUGUAAUCUACAUCCAUAUUCAUCCUUUGUUGGUCCUUUGGGUUCUGCGAGGGUACAUUGUUGAAUCCAUGUACUGGCAUAUGUGCAACGGUUGGGGAUGUUAUGCUGGUACUUUAACGGCUCCCAGCGGAUGCUAGGGCAGUUUUGAAACUCUCGAUUGAUGCCGAGCUUAAGGCGGUAUUGUCCAGGUGGUUCCAAGCGAUGAUUGUGCUUGGGAAAAAUGAUUGUUUAUAUUGGACUGUGUUACAAGGCACAGUGAAGCAUUUAUCAUUGUUCCGGAUGUAAUUGCUUAUGGGGUUGUUAGAGGCAAAGUCAGUGUUUAUUGAGCGAACUUUAAGCGAUUAAAUUAAGCGACCUGGCUUCUGUGGGGUGAGAUAUGUGUUCACUGGGAUGGGCGGCAGUAGCCCCAUGACCACUUUAUAUAGGAAUGUUAGGCAGAGCUUUUCUCAUCUGUCUUUGAGGGAGGGGAUGUCAAAUCUUUCUUAGAGGCCAGUGACGAAGCCAGGAGUGGUGGAUUUGUGGUCAUGUGUGAUGAAGCGCACUGCGUUGCAUUGCAUUCGCUCCAUCUUGUCCACGUCUUGCUUUAGGUACGGGUCCCAGAUGAUCGCACCAUGUUCUAGUAGUGGACGGAUGAGUGCAAGAUAGGCAUUUCGUUUGUAGGAGGUUGGUCUAUAUAUUUUCUGGAGAACUUUUCUCUCCCAUGUGAUUAAUAGGUUUUCUGCUGUUUUUGUUAAGGUCCAAGUUUCCCUUGCAUAUGUUACAACUGGUCUGAUUACAGUUUAUAGAUAGUUUUCUUAGUUUUACUAUUAAUGGAAUUACUUUUGUUUAUUUUCUCUGACUACUGAAGUAUGCCCUGUUUCCGGCCGGUAUUCUUUCUUUUAUUUCUAUUAGUAGUUCAUUUCUUUCAUUUCAAUACAUAUUUGAAUUAAUUUACUUUUUAAGAAGCGCGGUUUCUAAUUUUAAUGGUUUUAUCUGUCUGUUCUUUUCUUAUCAUAGUCAAGUAUUUGGUUAUUUGGUUGUUUGUUACCUUCCAGCCCUGCUUGCAGAGAUGCGUCUUCUAAUUCUAUUGCUGGUUUUUUAUAUGUCUUUAUUACAUUUUCCCUAACAGUGCUAUGUCAUCAGCAUAUGCAAGAUACUGAAGAGGUUGGGUGUAGAGAGUGCCCAUUGGUUGUAGAGAGUGCCCAUUGGUUGUAGAGAGUGCCAAUUGGGUGUAGAGAGUGCCCAUUGGGUGUAGAGAGUGCCUAUUGGUUGUAGAGAGUGCCCAUUGGGUGUAGAGAGUGCCCAUUGGGUGUAGAGAGUGCCUAUUGGUUGUAGAGAGUGCCCAUUGGUUGUAGAGAGUGCCCAUUGGGUGUAGAGAGUGCCUAUUGGUUGUAGAGAGUGCCCAUUGGUUGUAGAGAGUGCCCAUUGGGUGUAGAGAGUGCCUAUUGGUUGUAGAGAGUGCCCAUUGGGUGUGGAGAGUGCCUAUUGGUUGUAGAGAGUGCCCAUUGGGUGUGGAGAGUGCCUAUUGGUUGUAGAGAGUGCCCAUUGGGUGUAGAGAGUGCCCAUUGGGUGUAGAGAGUGCCUAUUGGUUGUAGAGAGUGCCCAUUGGGUGUGGAGAGUGCCUAUUGGUUGUAGAGAGUGCCCAUUGGUUGUAGAGAGUGCUCAUUGGGUGUAGAGAGUGCCUAUUGGUUGUAGAGAGUGCCCAUUGGGUGUGGAGAGUGCCUUUUGGUUGUAGAGAGUGCCCAUUGGUUGUAACCAUUGGUUGUAGAGAGUGCCCAUUGGGUGUAGAGAGUGCCCAUUGGUUGUAGAGAGUGCCCAUUGGGUGUAGAGAGUGCCCAUUGGUUGUAGAGAGUGCCCAUUGGGUGUAGAGAGUGCCCAUUGGGUGUAGAGAGUGCCCAUUGGUUGUGGGUCUUGGGUUCCCCUAAGAAAGUAUCCUGUUAUUGUUCCUCAGGUGUCAAUAUGUAUGUUUCUUAUAACUCUAUAUAAUGUUAGGUUAAAUAGCAUACAAGACAGUGAGUCUCCCUGUCUAAUCUGAAAUUCCCUUUAAUAUUCACCCUGAACCUUGAUUUUGAUUAUUUAGUUGUUUAAUGUUACAUGUAUCAGUCUGGUCUGUAUGUUGGGUAUGCAGAAAUCCUGCAGAGUCUCAUAUGGGUUUUAAUUUUGAUGCUGUCAUACACCAUUUUAUUGUCCACAUAGAGUUGAUAUACUGAGUUAUUACAUUCAUAACAUUUCUAUAAUAGGCUUUUGAUGGUGAAAAUCUGAUGAGUCUUUGAUUUGUUUUGUCUGAAUCUGCAUUGGUAGUCACCUAGUAUUUGCUCAGUGUCUUUUGGCAGUUUUGUCAGUAUGUGCUAUUUAAUUGGGAAAUUUCUCCUGUGUUUGUGCUUUGAAACAUACAAUGCCACACUUAGCAUUAAUAUUUUAAAUUAUUUGGUCAUGUUAAUUUCAGAAUUCUGUUGCAAUAGAAAGAAAGCGUUCCAGGAGGGUAAGUAUAUCAGUAAAUGUACUUUAAAAUUACAAGCCAUUAUACGCUAUUAAAUGCAGCAAGCUGUGACUAAUAAAAUAUAAUUUAUUCAUAGGUCUAGAUUUUUUAAAUGUUUGCGAUGACCACAAACUGAAACUGAAUUAACUGAAACCUUCCCACCAAUUUUCAAGCAUUUUAAAAUCUUAUCACCUUACCAGGCAUAUUACGCUGUAUCCAGUGGCCUAGCAUGAGUUAGUGCCAUCCGGGGUGGGGGAUAGAUUUUCUUGGCCCUCAAGAAAAAACCUUUUUGGCUGUCCAAAAAUGCCUCCCCUCAAUAUGAAGGAAAGAAGACUGCCACUUCAGGGUGGACAUUCACCUCACACAACCCUUCCUGUUCCAUUGAUUGUCAUAAAACUUGAAGUUGAUUAAUAAUAGUUCAUUCACUGACCAGCAAGUGGUAUGGAAAGGGUAUACAAAGGAUAUUUUGAAAAAUAAAUAAUGCCCUAAGACUACUUUAAACGAUUAAUUCCUCUUUAAAUCUGUAUCCAUCACGGACUUUCUUUGUUAAAUAACAUAAAAAAAGCAGUAAUUCAUAUCUGAUAGAAAUGAAGUGUAUCCUAUUCAGUUAGCCAGCAGCCGUUUUUGUUAUUGGUUACUAUUGGUUACUAAGAGUAUGAGGAAAGUAAUGUGUUAGUCCCAGCUAGUGAAUAUGUUUGUAGUGAUGUAAUAGUUCCAGCAAAUGAUUAUGUUUGUUUUUUAACCAGGAUCAAGAUGACUUGACCGACACCGCUGAAGCAGCGGAGCAAGAUGAUUGGAUGCAGGUAAUUUUAGCAUUUGGUUUCAUGUAGUUUAUUUUUUUAUUAUUACUAUCACCUUAUCCUAAACUUGUAUAUUAUUCACUCCUGGGAAGGUCUGCUUUAUACUAUGAAAAUGUUCAGAGACCAACAAGCACUUCACUUUAUGACUUUUCAUUAUUCAUCAUCAAAAUUGUAGUAGACUCAAUGUAUAGUAAAAUAAUCUUAAUUUAUUGCUUUUUACCCUGUAAGACUCUUAAUUGCUUUUUUAGGCAAAGGCUUUGGUGAAGCCCGAUGACCAGUUGGAAUUAACAGAGGCUGUAAGUACCUUAUGUUGGUUGAAUGUAAUGGUAACUUUUAAAAAAAUGUUGUAAUGUGAGACAAGUUUUGAUAACUUCUCUAAUUGGUUGUUGCACAAAGUAUAUAAGUUUUAAAUAGAUAAAUCAUUUUCUGACAUCAAUACUCAAUUCAAAUUUAUGCCUUAUUAGGAACUGAAAGAAGAAUUUACAAGAAUUUUGACUGCCAACAAUCCUCAUGCCCCGCAGAACAUUGUCCGCUACAGCUUCAAGGUAAACAAACAAUUUCAUUAUCAAAUUUUCCAAUGUAGAAUACUCUUUUGAAGUAAUAAAAUUUUCAAUUAGUGAGAAUUAUUUUUCUUCUAAAAUUUAUAGAUAUAUGUCAUAUCUUGUUAAUGAAAAUUUGUUAUAUUGAAAAGAAAAAGAAAGGAUAAAAAUUAACAAAACAUUUGUACUAAAUGUUAUUUUUAUGAUAUUUAAAUUUAACCAUCUAAGCAUUGUCUGGUUUUGUUUUACAGCUUAAACUUUAACAAAAAUUAUAUUGAACUCUUCCAUUUUAUGUAACACUCUACUGUUUGAUCUGAAAGGAGCGUCAGUUCAAGCAGACUUCAAGUGUUGACCAGUUAGCUGUCCACUUCUCGAUGGAUGGAAACUUGCUGCACAAAGAUUCUGAAGAAGCAAGAAGACAAAUGAACAGAACAGAAAGGCAGUCUGUGGUCAAAGAAGGUAAAAUGUCUGCCUCAAAUGUCUGCCUAAGCAUUCAAACUGUUGCAACAGUGCAGGAGUGAAAGUUAAGACUUGUGUCGCACCAAACAAGAAUUGUGUUUAGCCACUGGAAUUAUCUCUUAUUUCCAGCUGCUUCCUAUUCCUAACCAUCCCCCCCCCUACAGAACAUGUUUCAUAUUACUUUUACAUAUAAUUUUUUUAUAUUUGAAAGAAAGUAUGGUUCAAUAGUCAUUUCAAUAACACUCAAAAUAUAAUUUCCAAUAAUUAUGCUAAAUGAUUUCUUUUUAAAAAACGCAACUGUGUUUGGUGCAUACUAUUUCCUUUUUUUUUUUGGAAAAGAAAAUCAUCUCAAUUUAAAUAUGGUGUAAUAUAUAUUCGGUUUAAAAGUGGUUGGGACAUCAGAAUAUUAAUAUAGUUCAUGUGCGUGAAAUAAAAAGUGUGCAGUGGUGUAUCAUGGGGGGAAGGGUUUAGCAAAAAUUGGGAUUCUUAAAUGUGCGUUACUUGAGUUCGUGUUUUGUCAAGUGACUUUAGCAGAUGGGAAGUUCUUGCAUUGCUGUCACCAAUGUUUGGCAAGUUAUAACUAGUAUAUAAUAUCAAAGUGAAGGCACAGGAUGAAAAGGCCUAACAUUAACAAGGUAGGCCUACUCAGUGGAUCAAAAAGUAAUGUAUUAGCUGGAUUAAAUAUGAUUUUGAAAUGGUAAGCAAUAACAUAGCUAAAAGUAAAUCUCAAGAAAUUAUGGAAACAUUUUGUCCCACAAAUAGAGCCAACAGAGUCUGGUGAACCAGAGGCUGCUGCUGCCAGUACUGCAGCUGUUGAAGAAGUGACAGAGGAGGGUGGAGCAGAGGGGGAGGUCAAGGAUGAUGGUGGUGAAGAAGGUGCAGCUACAGCCUCCAAGGGGGCAAAGGCUAAAUCUGAAAAAAAGCUCACCAACCAGUUUAACUACAGUGAACGUGCAUCACAGACAUACAACAAUCCCUUCAGGGUAAGUGAAUCAAAAACAAACAACAGUUCCUUCAGGGUAAGAGCGUCACAGACGUACAACAAUCCCUUCAGGGUAAGAGCAUCACAGAUGUACAGCAAUCCCUUCAGGGUAUAAAUGGCUCUUGUUUCAUUUUUUUUUUUUUGUUGUUUUGUAUUUUUAAAAAGAACAUUUUAUAAUUGUCAUGGCAAAAUAUGCACAAAGAAAUGACUUCUACUUUAUGAACAUUCUGUGUAUCAUCAUCUAUAGAGAUGAGUCAGUUAGCCAUAUUUUCUGGUGCUCAUCACUGUAUUGUCUAGCAAGUUUCAGCCAUCUUCAGAAUGUAACAGAGCAAAAGAUAUUAUUCAUGGCUGUAAUAAAACAUGCAUUUAUUUUUAGUUAAAUAUAACCUAAUCGAACACUUACCUGAUAGACAAUCUAAAUAUUCACCCGACUGAAUGUUAACCUGAGCUAAAAUAGUCCUCUAUAGUCCUCUUGUGUGUUUAGGACCGUGGAACAGUGACUGAGCCCCCUCCACGUGCAUCAUUUUCUUCAAAUGUCACCCAGUGGGAGAUCUAUGAUGCUUACCAGGAAGAUUUUGAAAAACAGGUAAAUAUAAAUAGUUGGUCUUUUGAAAUAGUUUUUGAUCCUUGCAAUAUUCCUUAAAAUACAAAUUUAAUUAGCUAUAGUUAAUAUAUAAAGUUUCCUCUAGUUUCGAUGGGUUUUUUUUUUCUCUAACAGUUUGUUAUAUUUUAUCAAGAACAUAAUUUAGACCCAAUAAGACAGGAAUGAUUUAUUUCAAAAUUUUGAAAGGACUUUCAAAAUAUUUAUUAAUGCAUGAUAUUUUUUAUAGGAGAAAACAAAAGAGAAGAAGGUGCCAGGGAGAAAAGAAGAGGGCAAGACCAAGAAAAAAUUUACCAUGUCAGAGUCAUCGGUAUGAUCAUCGAAAUUUGUCAUUUAUUUACUUUCAUACUUCCAGCCUAAUGUUAUGAUUAAAUGUAAAGAGUGCCUUGAGAUGGGACUAGGAAUUAUUUAAGACUGGCGGGUAUUUUAAUGUAAUAAAUUGGUGGUGGUGGUAAGGAAGGGUAUUAGCCUGUUGAGCAAUGCAUGAGGACAAACAUUUCUGGCUGGGAUUUGUAAAUUUUCCUCUUUAGAAUAUGUGUAAAUUAUUUUACUAUAAUAAUGAGUGAAUAUAAUUUACUGAUUUUAACUUUAAAUCUUUACAUUCCAAUAAGGUGUUGAUUUUGUAUGUGUUCAGGACCCCUGAUAAGGUUGUCAUUGUAUGAAUGAAUCCAGAUUCUCCAUGAUUUAUUUUAUGAAAUGAUUUCAAUUUUAUUAGAGUGAUGACAUCAGCCGUGUCGAGACAGCUGCCAAAAUUGUUGAGCGUAUGGUUAAUCAAAAUACUUAUGACGAUAUUGCCCAAGGUGAGCAACAUAGAAAUUCUAAAUAACAAAGAAAUUUGCACAACGGACUUACUUUGUACUUAACUGUUUACACACCUUUUGAGAUAUAGGGAAGAAAAAAAAAUAUUUGCAAUUUAUUUUCCUUACCAUUCAAUGGAUAAUUAAGAACUAUUAACUUAAGUAUUCUAUGUAUGAUCUUGAAUUCAUUAUUGCAUGAACAACAGCGAACCUGUUGGUUAAAUCACAACUUUGACUUUUGUUCCAUGUAAACUAGACUUUAAAUACUGGGAGGAUGUGUCAGAUGAAUACCGUGACCAAGAAGGCACUCUGCUUCCCUUGUGGAAAUUUACCUUUGAGAAAGCCAAGAAGCUGGCAAUCACAUCUGUUUGCUGGAGCCCAAUGUACAGGGAUCUCUACGCCGUUUCUUGUGGAUCAUGUUAGUAAAUCUGAUAGUCACAUUAUUACGGAUUCUUCGUUCAUAAGGUCACAGGUUCAUAUAGUCCAAUGAUAAUCAUUUGAUUAGUGAUUUUUUGUUCAUAAGGUCACAUGUUAACAUUGAAUAAAAGAAAAAAAUUGUUGCUAAAUAAUUUUAGCAUGAAUUAAUUUCAUUUGGCGACAUUUAAAAAAAAAAGAAAAAGGACUUUUUUAUCUUGCUGAAAAUUUCUUUAAAAAAAUAGUUUUAUAAAAAAUCUCAUGUUUUUUUCUCCACCAGAUGAUUUCAUGAAGCAAGGAAGUGGACUGAUAAUUUUCUGGACUUUGAAGAACCCAUCAUUUCCAGAGUGCUAUUUUGAAACUGAUAGUGGAGUUAUGUGCCUUGACAUUCAUCCUCAACAUCCCCAUUUAAUUUGUGCUGGAUUCUAUGAUGGAAGUGUAGCAGUCUUCAGUGCUGUUGAAAGGAAAGAGGGUCCAAUUUACAGAUGUACUGCUAAAAAUGGCAAGCACACAGAUCCUGUAUGGCAGGUAAGUUGCUAAAAGAACAGUUAAAAGAUAUAGUUUUAAAGUCCCUAUGGGAAAGAUAUUGAAAACAAAUUGAAUAAUUGCAGUUCGCAAUAUGCAAAUAUAAAUAAACUAUUUCUUACUGGGUAAAAAUGUUUUUGUUGAGCUCAAUCCUAAAUCAAAAACUUUCUUGAUAAAGUUACCAGUUUAUGAGCCAUUGUGAUCUGUUUCACUAAAACUUAAUACCCUAUCUAAAAAUAAGUUGGAAGAAAAAAAAAUACCUUUAAAAGUUCUUUGUGACUAAAUCUUUGUUCUUAUACCCUAAUUAUAAUUAAUGCUUAUAUCUCUGUAAAAAAAAAAACGAACUCUAUUUAUCAUUCAUCAAUCAGGUCCGCUGGCAAAAAGAUGAUGCAGACAACAAUAUGAACUUCUACUCUAUAUCUUCAGAUGGGAGAAUUUGUUUGUGGACAAUCCUCAAAGUAAUGAAAUUCCUUUCAACUCCAAUUCUUUACCAUAUUCCUGUAAACUUAAUCAGCAAUUUUUUAAAAUUGGUGCAUGUUUUAUACAGAGAUUUAACAACAAAAAACUAAAAAUACAGAUAUCCAACUUGAAUUAAAAUAUAUGCUCAAGGUGAUGCAUACAUUUUUUGCAUAUUAUUUAAGUGGUACAAAUAGAAACAAUUUCAGAACCCUACCAAACAUAACUAAUUUAGUCAAGCUCCUUUUCUGGAAGUUACUAAUCUGAAGAGAACAAUAAUUUUAAAUUCUUAAAGAAAGUAAAGUAUUUGGAUCUUAUUAGCCGGUGUAUGUUUGACAACACACAUUUCACCAACAGAAUGAAAUGAUUUUCCAAGAUGUGAUAAGACUUUUACUGCCCGAUGUUCCAGCUGAGGGACCAGAUGGCAUUAAAGUUCCAACAACUGGUAAUGUAUCUUAAUUUUAAGACCCAAACUGAAUCUUCAUGAAGCUCAAGAUAAUUCUAUUCCACAUUUCCAUUGUCCAUAUACAGAAGAAGAUUUACAUAAUCUAGCUAUGAGUAAAUAACGAUUAGAUGUUUCUAAUUGUUUACAGUAUUUCAUGUGAAGAUAUUACUUUUAAAUUUUUAUUUAUUUUGUCAUCAGCUUUUUAGUUUAAAAUGUUACAUUUAAUGCCUUAUAUAUUAUUAUUUUAAACACAAUUUCUUUAAAACAUUUACUCAUAUGAUUUUAAUUCAAAAAUUUACUUCUGUCAUUUGAACUGCAGGAAGUGGCACAGCUUUCGACUUCCACCAGCAGAAAGAUUAUUUGUUCCUAGUUGGUACUGAAGAGGGAAAAGUUCACAUCUGUUCAAAGGCAUACACCAGCCAUUUUAUUGACACAAUCAAUGCUCACAAUAUGGCCGUGUAUAAGGUACCUUAAAACAUCUGGCAAACAACAUACUUAUUUUCAUAACUACUCCAUUUCAAUUAAAUAGAUUUCUGUUUCAAAUGCUUCAAUUUUGUUAAGGUCAAUAAAUAUAAAUUGUUGGAAUGCAUAAUAGAUUCUUUUUAUUAGAAGUCUCUCUCCCCCCACCCUGGUUGACAUGUCUGUAGUGGCAUUGCCACUAAAGAGGUGCUGCCACCGAUCCCCUAAUGCUACCCGAGGAACAAAACCUCCAUUGGGUGAACCUGCAGGGGCAGACAAAGGGCUUGCAUGGUAUCUACCGAAAAUGGUAGCCACUACUGUGCUACUACAGCUGGGACAUAUCCGCAGUUGAAAAAAAUUUACAGAAACAGGGUGGGGAUCAUGAUUACUAUAUUGCCACUGAUGGAUAUGAGACAUGAGGUGGGUAGUGGCGACCUCAUGCCAAUGGGUCUAGAUACACAGCCAUUUAGGUGGCUGUUUCUAGGCCACCCCUUCAACCCAAUUGCUACUACAUGAACUAUUUGCAGAGUAAAAAUCCGCUGUAGAAAUCUCUAUUAAAGGGUGUCCGACUCUUCCCCAUACAUACAUAAUACAUAAAUACAUACAUAAUGAUUAAUAUACCAUCCCGACCCCUGGGAAAGUUGAUUGCUGGUUUUGGGGGAGUAACAUCACCAACCAACCAGAUAUCCUUAAGAUGAGAUGGCCCCCAUCAGAAAAUUCAGUUAGGUUAAGUUGCUGGCAGUGGCUGACCUAGCAGGAAGAUAUCUCCAAUGGACCACUUCAUACUUUAAUUAAAUUAAGCUCUUCCUUGGGUAUUUUUAAAUAUUUCAAUUCUUAUUUUUAUUAAAUACAAUACUUGAAUUAUGACUAGGUGUGCUGGAAUCGCUUCCAUCCAAGGAUUUUCAUAACCUGCAGUGCUGACUGGACAGUAAAAAUAUGGGAGAUGAGAGACACAUUGGAGAAAAAAAAUGAAAAUGAAAGCAGGUUCGAAACAUUUAUAUAAAUAUUUAGUUAGAGAUACUGGGCUGUUAAUAUCUCUGUAAUAGCUUAUUAAAACAUUAUAAUCUUGCAUUCUUAAUUCAUCAGUAGUUCUUAAUUUUAAUAUUGUUAAAAACGGUUUUAGGUCAUUUAAAUGGCCAAACUGAAAUUUGUUUAAUUCAAUAACGUUUUAAAAUUUUAGGUAAAAAAAAAAAGAAACAUCAGAUUGUGAAUAUAAGGAUGAUUAAUAAUAUCACUUGUUUUUUCUUCUCCAAUUAGAAAACCGUUAUUCUCCUUUGACUUGAACAACUGCGUUGGUGAUGUAGCAUGGGCGCCAUAUUCGUCAACAGUUUUUGCAGCUGUCACGUCAGAUGGCAAGGUCUGUUAGAUUCAUGAUAUUUAGGUUAUCUCAGAUGAUCACUUUUAUCAGGUUUUGUGAAGUAUUAAGAAGGAAAUUUGUUAAAGCUUAAAUUAAUUUAAAAUCCCGACCAUAGCCACAUUUCUCAGAGUAAGGAAAAUCAUUGAAGAUUUUUGAGUUCUUAACAUUUAAAAUUAUGUAAUAACUAUUAAUAACCUAUUAAAAUAAAUUGGCUAGUUUGCAUUAGAUGGAAAGGGUUGAUGUUCAAAUUUAAAUUUUAUUCCAUGCAGUGUUCAAAAUAAAAGCAAUUGAACCACUCCCCAAUCCUUUCAUAAUCUUAAGCCCUUUUACUUCUAAGAAACCAUGUUGAUUGCAAAUGUACAUCAAGAAAAUUAGCCAACAUUUAUUACACACAAAGCCAAAUCUUAAAAUUUUCUGCAGUUUUCCUCAAAUGACAACGUAUGAAGUGAAAAGUCAUCCAAAAUCAUCUAACAUCCAUUCCCCUGACUUUUUUUGCAGGCCUUUGUGUAUGAUUUAAAUGUGAACAAAUAUGAGCCUCUCUGUGAGCAGAUGGUGGCUCAGAAGAAGAAAACUAAGCUGACUCAUGUGGACUUCAACCCAACCUAUCCCAUGUUGAUUGUUGGGGAUGACAGGGGUUCAGUUAUCAGCUUGAAAUUAUCACCAAAUCUAAGAAAGAUGAAAGCUGUAAGAAAUUAAAAACCUUUUAUGUUAGUUAACUCAAUUUUAAAGGAUAUCCCCAUAGACAGAAUUCAUUUGGUAGGAAUUAUUAGUCUGACAUGUUUAGCUUUUAUUAUCGUAUACAAUGAAGAGUGAAAGCUGUCUCCCUUUAAUAUUUGGUUCUGAAUUGAUUUUAAGAGACUUUUUUUCUACUCACAAUUGGUAAAGUUUGUAGCAAUUUCUGAUAAUGCUUUACACAAAGAAAGUCUGAGCAGAAAAUAUUUUCAAAAUUUUAAAAAUAAUUAUAACACAUUUCUUCUACAAUUAAAUAAUUUUUCUAUUUUUAGUGCAUUUAAACUCAUCCUUAAAUGAAAUUUUUUUUUAUAUCCAAUAACAGAAUUGCUUUUUAAUGAUUCUAUUCUUUUAUUAUAUAAUAAUAUGUCAUUUUUUCCAUUUCUUUGUAUUUCUUUUUUUAACUUAUAUAUCCUUGAAUUACUCAAAACAUUGCUACAAAAAUAAUAAAAACUGUCAACAUUUUGCAUUUUGGAAACAUUUAGGAAUUAUAGAAGUGCAACACUGAUUAGGAGUGGCAUAAAACGUGUAAUGAUAGUCUCCCCUUAUAAAAUUCUUCAAGUUGAGUUAACAGUAACCAUAUUUUAUGAUUUAACAGAUUACUUUUGUCAUCCUGUAUUCCAAGUUUUUUAUUGGACAGUUUACUCUUGUUAUUGUUUAUUCCAUAUUUAAUUAUUCUUUCAGGAGAAAAAGGGAGCACCCCCACCAGAUGAGGCAACAAAGAUUCAAAGAGAAAUAGAAAAAUUAGAAAAGAUUCUGUCGAUGGUCAGAGAACAGCCCACAGAAGCCACGCACAGUUAAAAUAAUUUAAUAGAACUGGAAUCCAUAGAUAUGAAGAAAGAAUAUCCUCAAAAACACUCAAUAACAAUGAUUUAAUUUUUUACAAAUUUUAAUUUAUUUUGAAGAAGAAAAAAAAAACGUAAAAAGAAAGGGCUUUCAAAAUCUAUACAGAAAGAAAUUAUUUGCUAUUAUAAUUCCAAAUGUGGCAGUAUAUAAAUGACCUAUAUCAGAAAUUUAAAAAAAAUUAUUUGUGAUCGCACAUUUUUUUCCAACAUCAAAUAUUUGAGUUCUGUCUGAAAAAAUUUUUUUCGAAUUUUUUAUAUUUUAAUUAUUCAGAAAUUUUAGCUUUGACCAAUCAUGAGGGGCGGAAAUACUAAUUUGAAACCAUCUUUCAGAUAUGAUCCCCAUCUCUUGUGUGAGAUAAAAACAGACUUUCAGCCCUCGAGUAUCUACUCUAUUUUAUUUUUACUAAAUCUGAAGCACUGUCAUCAGGAGUAUAAUAUUUAAUUAAUUUUAUGAUAAUGCAAGAGCUAUUAUUUGCAUGAUUUAGUUUAGUUUGCAGUACAUGAUAUUCAAUUUUCAAACAAGAACAUCAGUGUAUUACUUGCACAACAUGAUGAUGAUAAUUUGAGUUAUAUUGAAUUAAAUUCAGAACAUUUGUAUCUCUUAUUUUUAAAUGAUUAACAUGUUAUUUCUUAGUAUUUAAUGAAUUGAAUGAAGUGUGUUUGUGUUUUACUCCAAUGCCAUCAGUGUAUGUGAUGUUAGGGAUUUCAAACGAAAUAUGUUAAAUGUGUUGUUAAAAGUUUUAUAGUUGAGACGUGAAGUUUUUAUCAAGUGAUAUAGCCAUACAUUAUAUGAUAAAAUUUUGAUGAUUUAAAUGUUUUUAGCAUUUCUUCUCACUACUGUCAACUUUCAUUGAAUCCUAUGGAAUUUUUUUCCAAUAGCUUUAGUCCUCUGAAUUUCUUUAAUUGCGCCCUGUCAGUUAAAAAAUCAGUUUCAAAGAGAGAUAUGUUUGCAUUAAUUUUUUUGUAUACAAAAACUUCCUGAAAGAGACAGCAUGAAAAUAAUAUACAGCUUUAAAUUUAAAAUAAUAUUGUAAGCUGUAGGAAAUAAAAAUAACACAUUUUUUCAAUUUAUAAUAACAUAAUUUUUUUUUAAAAUGUCCUUUUUUUAGAUUUUAUUUGAAUGAUAUGUAUAAUAUUGUGUUAACAUACAGAGAUUAAAAAAAAAUGUUUACUACAAAAUGUGUGUCCAGGCUAGACCCUACUAUGUCCUUGAGUUUUUUUAAUAUGAAAAAGAUGGCUAAAUUUUGAAAAAUAAAUUAUUUCAAAUAUUAUUGUACUAUCUUCUCAGUUCUUUUUUUUUUUUACCAUCACUUUUGAAGUUUUU